CCCCGCCGCACACACCCCCCCCCCCAUCGGAUUCAGGGUGGGAGGUUGGAUCCUCAAAAGCCUAGGAGAUUCCUGCUUCAGCCUCAGGGUUUGGUUCGAACUCGUGGUUCGGGAGUCCUGGCCACCGAGGAGAGAAUCCUGGCGUCCUUGAGUUUUCUCAGAAGUGGUUCGGGUUUCAGGGAGGCGGCGAUUGUGGGUGGCCGGGCAGCCUGCCUGCCGCCCCCGCCCACCACCCUGACCGCGCCGCCAGGUUCGCAGCGCGCCUCGCCCGAGGGCCCGGGGCCUCUGCGCCGCGCGGCGCCCCUGUGCGCGCACCUGGCAGCCGACGCGGGCCUAGCGGAGCGCCGGGCAUGCCCUCCCCGGCGAGCCCAGCAAGCGGGCUGGCCGCCGGGCGCCCUGGGGAGGCGGCGGCGCCGCCCUGGGCCUGGAGCUCCGAGCCCGUGGACCCUGGGGCGGGGGCGCCGCCUCUCCCCAAAGGUUCCGGGCGCGGCGAGGCCGAGACGCGGGAGUGCAUCUACUACAACGCCAACUGGGAGCUGGAGCGCACCAACCAGAGCGGCCUGGAGCGCUGCGAGGGCGAGCAGGACAAGCGGCUGCACUGCUACGCCUCCUGGCGCAACAGCUCAGGCACCAUCGAGCUCGUCAAGAAGGGCUGCUGGCUGGACGACUUCAACUGCUACGACAGGCAGGAGUGCGUGGCCACCGAGGAGAACCCCCAGGUGUACUUCUGCUGCUGUGAAGGCAACUUCUGCAACGAGCGCUUCACCCACCUGCCCGAGGCGGGCGGCCCAGAAGUCACGUACGAGCCACCCCCGACAGCCCCUACCCUGCUCACUGUGCUGGCCUACUCGCUGCUGCCCAUCGGGGGCCUCUCCCUCAUUGUCCUGCUGGCCUUCUGGAUGUACCGGCAUCGCAAGCCCCCCUAUGGCCACGUGGACAUCCAUGAGGACCCUGGACCUCCACCCCCAUCCCCUCUGGUGGGCCUGAAGCCACUGCAGCUGCUGGAGAUCAAGGCUCGGGGGCGCUUUGGCUGUGUUUGGAAGGCACAGCUCAUGAACGACUUUGUGGCUGUCAAGAUCUUCCCACUCCAGGACAAGCAGUCAUGGCAGAGUGAACGGGAGAUCUUCAGCACACCUGGCAUGAAGCAUGAGAACCUGCUGCAGUUCAUUGCCGCUGAGAAGCGAGGCUCAAACCUGGAGGUGGAGCUGUGGCUCAUCACGGCCUUCCACGACAAGGGCUCCCUCACGGAUUACCUCAAGGGGAACAUCAUCACAUGGAAUGAACUGUGUCACGUGGCAGAGACAAUGUCAAGAGGCCUCUCAUACCUACACGAGGACGUGCCCUGGUGCCGUGGCGAGGGCCACAAACCGUCUAUUGCCCACAGGGACUUUAAGAGCAAGAAUGUAUUGCUGAAGAGUGACCUCACGGCCGUGCUGGCUGACUUCGGCCUGGCUGUUCGGUUUGAGCCAGGGAAACCUCCGGGGGACACUCAUGGGCAGGUGGGCACACGGCGGUACAUGGCCCCUGAGGUGCUUGAGGGAGCCAUCAACUUCCAGAGAGACGCCUUUUUGCGCAUCGACAUGUACGCCAUGGGCCUGGUGCUGUGGGAGCUCGUGUCCCGCUGCAAAGCUGCCGAUGGACCUGUGGACGAGUACAUGCUGCCUUUUGAGGAAGAGAUUGGCCAGCACCCGUCACUGGAGGAGCUGCAGGAGGUGGUCGUGCACAAGAAGAUGCGGCCUGCCAUCAAGGAUCACUGGCUGAAACACCCGGGCCUGGCCCAGCUCUGCGUGACCAUCGAGGAGUGCUGGGACCACGAUGCAGAGGCUCGUCUGUCCGCGGGCUGCGUGGAGGAGCGGGUGUCCCUGAUCCGGAGGUCUGUCAAUGGCACUACCUCGGACUGUCUUGUCUCCCUGGUGACCUCUGUCACCAAUGUGGACCUGCCCCCGAAGGAGUCGAGCAUCUAAGCCCAGGACAUGAGUGGAUCUCCAGACUCAGUGGAUCUGAAGAGGAAAGGAAAAAAAAAAGUUGUGUUUUGUUUUGGAAAUCCCAUAAUACCAACAAACACGUAAAAUGCAGCUGCUAUUUUACCUUGACUUUUUAUUAUUAUUAUAAUUAUUAUUAUUAUUAUUAUUAAUAUUAUUUUUUGGAUUGGAUCAGUUUUUACCAGCACAUUGCUCUACUGUAUCGCAAACAGCGGACACGUCAGCAGGCGCUGAGGUGCUGAGCUGUGAAUGCAGAACCAGCGCCGUGCUGAGCAGCCUCGGCCACCUCCCGCCCUUCGGGGUUCAUUUGUCCCCCUUUCUCUUUGUUUGUUGUCUCAGAAUCUGUGACACAAAGAAACCCAUCUCCUGUCUUAGGAAACUUAAUGCUGCAAACUCUACCUAGAGGAACCUUUGAAGACUGUUACAUAAGAACACAUCUUCCUCAAAAGAGGAGUUUCCCUCUGCCCUCGUCCUCCACCCCACCCCCACCCCCCGCCUUUUACUGUGUUUUUCUCCCUUUUUAGACAGUGAGUUUAAGAAACAGCAGAUGUGUCUUUCACGGAUUAACGGGUGUUGUCCUGACCGAGGAAAAACUGGGCUGAGGAUGAGGAUGGUUUGGACCGGAGUUGGAGGGGAGGACAGAGCUGGGGGUGGGGUUUGGUGCAGAGCUACACUGGACCCGGGCAUAUUCGGAGCAACAUCCUUUGCUAUGAGACUACUUCUCAGGUAACCAGGAAUCGAGGGGAAGGAGUGUGUGGAGGCCAAGCAUUAACGGCAAGAGCAGGGUUUGGAGAAAGUCUGAAAUCAGGUGUGGCUCUGACCCGUCUGUUGGCCCUGACCAGUUUUUUCCACUCACUUGGGCUUGGGCAUAGGACAAAACAUUUUUUCUGCCCUGAUUUUAAGGUUAGGUAAGGGUAUAAAUCAUCACGGUUUAGUGAGUACAUUCUUCGUAAGACAUGAUACUGUAAAUAUCUUUAAUGGAGGAAAAGUUGAAAUAUGUACAUUGCUUCCUCCUGGAGCAGUUCAGGGAAAUGGCCACAGGGGGCGCUCUGCACAGUCAGGGCGGGAGAGUUUCCUGGGUUGGGCCUGCCAAGGCCUGCCCCUCCGGAGACCCCCCGAGUCCUGCAGUGCUGGCUCUGCCCUGUGUGGUGACGUUAUUGUCCCUUUCUGUGGCUCGUGAACACAGCUUUCUCCAGACCCUUUAAAGAGGUGCAUAUUCAAAAAACCGUUUCUCUGUUUUGCCAUAACCGUGCUCUCGUCAGUGAAUGUUCCUAAUGCUGCUGUUUCAACAUUUGAAUUUUUUUAAUUUAUGAAACAUGCAAAUUUUUUAAAAAAACAAAACACACACAUCCACAUAUACACACACGCUUUGCUAUGUGGCUUCCGAGGUUUAAAUUUUGAAGAGUAAGAGAAUUAAAACUUCACGACCACAGACCACCUCAAACCAGAAAUACCUCAGAAUUUUCUACUUGUGUAAGUUUUAUUAUAUAUUUUAUUAGUUGUGUUGUCUUGUAGUAAGUAUAUUUUAAUGUAAGUUGGCUUUUAUGACAAGAAAGUUUAAAAGAAAUAGAGAAAAAGAAAAAAAGUUGUGAGUCUUCUAGGGAGUGCUACCGUUUUUCUUUGAUAACGCCCCCUUGUAAAUAAUUGUCAUCAGCUGUAGGUUGGCUGUCUGGGCCGAGUCUGGGCAUUCAUCACUCUUAUUUGUGAAGGCUUUUCCUUCCCGUUUCUUUAGACCAUUUUAUUUAAAAACUGGAUCUCUUCACCUUGCGGGUAGGCGAGUUGGUGGGCGAUGGGGAGAGGUUGACUGGGGUGAGAAGGGGAGGGGGGAGCCUCCUCCUGAGCUAUUUGGAGGUUCAAGUGUUUCCCUCGACUUGAUUGGUCAUUGUUCAGGAUGACAGGUGACCCCACUUUAACUUGGCAAAACUGUAGCCUUUAGACCCACGUGAGGUAAUUUUACUCGAGACUUAAUUUCUUAAGCACAUUGGCAGCAGUGAUAGCGGAAUUGAUCUGUAGGCCUCUGGGUCCACACUGCUCGGGGCCGGUCUGUGACAGCGCGGCUUGGUGGUGAGGGCUCAGCGCCCUGUGCCGCGGGGGUUCUGGGCCCCUGGGCCAUGUCCUCCUCUGCGGGUUUGGGCACGGGGUGUGGUAGGAGGCGAGUUUGCUUCCCUCUCGGAGUUCAGUUUUUGCUUCAUGGGUCAAAAUGUGGGCUGGCCAAGGUGGCCACAGGGACAGGUUUUUGUUUUUGUUUUUUGGUAAGUUAUUUGUCUUCUGACUUUUCCUUUUUAAGCUAUUUUUUGCUGUGGUAUUUUUCUUCCCUCGGAAUAAUUUUUAACAGAAAAACAGGCCUUACAGCAGUUGCUUUUCUUUUCCACUUAUUUCUUUCAGAAGCUUUAAAAUAUUUAUUGAAAAGUGCCAUAUCUGAUUUCUCCAGCUUUCUCCUUAGGCAGUGCUGGGAGUCUCUAUUUUUCAACCCUCAGAAGAAACAAAUAAACCAGUAACAAAUGUAGCUAAUUUACCAUAGGAAUGAUUAGAUCCCUGAUCCGAGCCCGUGUGGAACACUAAACCCCAGCCUCUGUUUGGUUUUAGAUUUCCUCUGGGCAGUUUUCCUUUUGCGUGCUGGCUUGAUUCUUCUGGGAGCACGUUUUGGCCCUGCUGUGGGACCUGCGGGGCAGGAUGCAGGACGGACAGGGCAGGCCUUUUGUCUGGGGGCGCUCCCUCUUUGCUGACCCAGUGCUCAGCCACUGUCACUCCCUUUGGGGCCUUGGCACCCGAAUGAAGUGUCCAGAGAUGGCCCCGUGUGGUGUGGCCGGGCAGAGGGCUUCCGGCGGCCCCUUCCCCGCAUGCUAGGCUGAGUGUCCCUGACUGCUCGUGGCCAGGAGAAGGUGGGCAUCUCUCUCCCGGGCAUGCUGCUGGGGCCUGGGUGGGUCUUCCGCCUCUGAUAAAGUUACGUUUACUGUCAUGUCUUCUUCUCCGGGGAGUCAACCAUCCAGAGCUCUGAUUUGUGUCAGUGGGGUUGGGGGCCUCUGCCUGUGCUCUUCUCCACCAAGAUUUCUUGUAGCCUCCACUUCCGGCGAGCUCAGAUCACUGCUACAUUUUUUUCCCCCCGCCAAGCUCUGUGGAAGACCGGGGGGCAGGGAGUCUGGUAUCGCUUUCCCUGCCUCAUCCAGGGUGAGAGGGUGGCCAAGUCAGGGGACAGACGUGGCCCAGGCUCCCUGCCCCUUUCUUCCUAGUGUGCUGUCGUCCGGGCAGGCUUCUGGCUGCGGGGUGGACUUGUGGGGGGGAGAGUGUGUUCUGUUUGAUCGCUGUGGGGAGAUCUCCUGAGCCAGAGAGAUCCAGGAGUGAGCACGGGAAGGAGGAGACACGUGGGGACAGAGGCCGCCAUGCCACAGUGUCCUGCAGAGGACUCUUCAUGACGGGCAGCCAGGGAAGGCCAUGGAUGUAAUCGUUAGCUCAUGCUGGGGCUGGCAUAAGCUGGGCUUUCGCCUGGGGCUGUUGGUGCCUACCAGGAGUCCUUCUUUGGUUGAUUACUUGGGGUGUGAGGGCUGAGAAUGGACCCUUCUUAGGAGGAAGGGAGACCCAGCUGUGCAUAAAUGUGGUGAGCGCCUUCAGCCUGGUGUUCAGAUGGCCUUCCUGUCCUGUUGGCUUUCAGUAGGUGCCCGGAGGGGUUAGUCCUGCUGGGGAGGCUUCCCCGUGUGUGCCAACUGCUUCUGACUCAGAAUUCACUCUGUCUGUAUGUGGUCGCAUGUGUCCAGAACACGAAGGACCUUGUCCAGCCUCGAACAUCCUCAGGAUUCUUGAGCCCCCAGCUCACAUGUUCUCAGCCAAGGGAAAGAUCUGCCAUCUCCAGGCCACUGAGGUGGUUCUUCCCCUGCCCCUAGGGGCCAGGCUCACCCUCCUGUCAUGGCUUUCCUGUCAUGCUUUAGGGAGCUGAGCAGGGGACCAUGCAGUUCUGUGUCCCCUUUCUCUCCAGUUAGCCGCAUUCUUGCUGGCUGCUGCCCUGGCCCUCUGCACUGGGUGCUUGGGUUGCAUGUGUGUUUCCUUGGUGGCAAGCCCAGCCGUGUACUGCGGGUCCACCAUGUGCUAUGUGUGGCACAGAAAGCCCAUCAUGUGGCCCCUGUGCUCUGAGCCAUGAGGGCAGGGAGGCAGCUGUUGCCUGCAGGGUGGGAGGACUAGAUGACCCUCUUGCAGAUGGAAUUCUGCCUCUUUUUAGAAUGCAUUAGUUCCCAGCAUCUGUUGGUAAUACAAGGAUUUGAUGUUUUUUUAGUAGUAGUUCUUUAAGUAAGAUUCCUGACAGUUAAUUUGUAACCAGCAAUUCACGUAUGAAUGUAUCCCAGACCUUUAGGAGGCUUGGGGAAGUUUUAAAAGAUGAUUUUAGUUUUGUAGCAAAAAGAAAUUGAAGUUUAAAACGCACCCUCUCCCUUGGAAAUUAAUUUAUUUGACUCAGCCACACUUGACAAACAAUUACAGUCGGCCCUCUGUAUCCACGGGUUCCUCAUUCGCGGGUUCAACCAACCUUGGAUCAAAAAUAUUUUGGGGGAAAAAAUAAGAGAAAGUUCCAAAAAUCAAAACUUGACUUUGCCACCUACUGGCAACUCUUUACAUAGUAUUUACAUUGUAUUUACAACUAUUUACAUAGUAUUUAUAUUGUGUUUGGUAUUAUAAGUAAUCUAGAGGUGAUUUCAACUAUAGAGGAGGAUCUGUGGAGGUUAUAUGCAAACGCUACACCAUUUUAUGUAAGAGGCCUCUGCCUCAGUGGAUUUUGGAUUCCCAUCCCCCUGCCACACUCCUCCCCCAUACGGAGGGACGACUGUAGUGGGUCCAGGAGACCUAUACAUUAUCAUCAAGUAAAAGUCCAAAUUAUCUAGUGGGAUAUUUUGAAUAUUCCUAUUUUAAACUCAUUUUGGGUCCACUGUAAACUUUGGUUUGGACAAGAUUUUGAAUUUAAAGGAUUUACCACUAUUUAAAUUUUUACAAUUUUUACUAAGCUUUUACAUUUUUGUGACGGUAUCUUCCAGGUAUGAAUGAAGCAGGACGUUUUGAUUGUGGUACUCCAUGUAUCCCUGUAGUGCCAAAACCAGUGAUAUUUUAUUUGCUCCUAUGGCAGCUCGUAGCGAUAACACAAGUGUUUUUUCCUCAUGAAUUAAAAUGCAUAUUCUCUAAACGCCAGCAUGUGGAGAUGGGCCCUGUGCUGCCCUUUCUUCUCCAGGAGUGUCUUUGGAUUGUCUGGGGCCUAGACAAUUCUGAGAACUACUGCAAGCCAGCUACAGGACACUAAAGAAAUAUACACACGGACAUGUGUGUAUGCAGUGGAUUCUACAAACGUGGUUUCUUCUGGACAUCUACAGAAAAGCGUUUCAUUCAUUUGCGAAGUUUACAUUUUUAAGCUGACAGUUAUAAAAAAUACAACUCAUUAGCUAAUGCUUUUCAGGCAGGUGAGGAUGGGUUUUUUGCAAAUGGAUGAGUUCUGUCUUGAGUCCUGGGAAUUUCUGCUGUCUGUUGGGCGUGGGCUCAUUCCCCGAUUCUCCGAAUCAUGUUUGCAUUGGAAUGUUGUUAGGUAGCAUUGUAAAUAAAAGUAUAGGUUAUAUAAUAGAGUUACAACACUUGAAAUUUUACUUUAAAAGAUCUAUAGCACUACAUAUAUAUUUAGUUAUAUCACCUGACAGAUUUCUUCUGCACAGUGUGGAGAUUGCUUUAUACCACAGAUUAUUUUUAUAAAGUCUAGUGAGUUUCAAAUAAGAAUGAUUUUCUAAUCAGAGUAAUGAGCUUUACCUUUCAAGAUAAACAUACACUGGAGUGUAAGUGGUGUGGCGCUGUCACUUAGUGCUCCUGCGGAUUCUCGUUGAUACACUGGCAGAUUACAGACCAUCUUUGGGUCUUGUUUGACCAAAACUCCGCUCGUGGCUGUCUGUGUGGGACAGUCUGUGCAGGACGGGGAUGCUCAGCCCUGGUCCUUGCAGACCUGGAGGAGAGGGGCUGGGAGAGGCAAGAGGGGCCUGCAGUGUGCUUUACAGUCGUGCUUCCUCCUGAGGUUUCUUUUGAACAAAGGGUUCUGAGGUGAAUAAUUUGUUUGUAAGUUACUCUCAUGGGUGUCGUAGUGUGAAGGUGUUUUGGGGAACAGAAAUUGUAUGGGUGCAGAUUGGGGUGGGUUGGGACUAGAAUAAGAUUCAGGCUACAAACAUGGGAAGAGAGGAUUUGGUGAUUGGAGAAAUCUGCCAAACUGAAUUAUCUAGGACCAAAUUAUCCAGUUUUCAGGACAGAAUUCCCAAUGGAGUAAUCAUUCGGAAAGGGGGAGGGUGGCGUGUGGACAUAGUGAUCAGAUUAUACGGAGAGCUGCCAGACACACGUUAUCUUCUCUGGGAGGGCUGUUUGGAGGCGAGAGGGGCGGCAUUGGCUCGCCACUUUAGGCUAGCGAGUAACCCAGGAGCCUGUGGACGAGGCUCAGGAUCCUGUACCAGCAGCGCAUCUUUCCAGUAUCUACAAGGUUCUCCUGCUCUUCCUACGACGGUCAGCAUCACUGCCAUAAUCUGGAAGGCAGUCUUCAUGUUAGCCUUUUGAUUUUUUGGGUAGAAAGUGGAUGGUUAUUGGGUAAGCCUUCUUGAUGGGGAUGUAUAGGAAGUAUACAUCAUGUAUACUCAUCUAUACUCAAGUAUAGAGUCAUAUAGCUCAUACUCUGUAGCCGUAAUGGCUGAAGGCCUGUUCCCCAGCCCCUGCCUGCUGGCUUCAGCUGCUGCGUUCGGAGGUGUUCUGGUUGGGACAAUAUUGUCAGGAGAGUCCCUCAUGUGUCAUGUGAAACCAGCUGUGCUUUUAUUCGGUCUGAUCGAGAGUAAAGUUGUACGCCACCCCUUUUAUACUUGAAUGAAUUGAGUUUCGGCAGAUCCAGGAGCACUCUGGGAGCCAACCAUCCGUCCUUUACCUGUUCCCCAUCAAAGAACAUUUCUCUGCUCUCCAGCUACGUGUCUUGGAAUGUAAUUCUGUUGUGCCUUUGUUUUUGUCACCUGCCUCCCCCCAAAAGCAACUGCUGUAAGCUUUUUUCUACUUGUCUUUUCUAGCCCGAAACCCCACCUUUUUCCUUUUUCCCGGCUGUAUUUUCUGGAUGCAGUUCUGUGCUCCAGGUGUGUUAAGAACCAGUUACCUCAGACCUUGUGUUGAACAGUGUCACCAUCUGGGUCCUCUCGAAACUGCAGGCUUGUGACAUACACACGCAGGAACCCUGCCGAGUAUGGGUACUUAUUUGUUUUAAAGUAAAACUCUUCCCAAGGAUUGCAAAAGGGGCUUCUGGCAAGCUCUUCAUGGCCCUGCGGUGGGAUGGGUCUCGAGUGCCAUCUGAAGGGUGCUUUCCGCGCUCAACUUUGAAUUCUGCCAUUUUCAGUAUUCUGCUGUCUGAAUAGGCAGAGUGAUUCAACUGGUUGGCCUUGUACACAAAUGAGUUCUGAAAAUGAGCUCUUUGUAACACAUUUCCAGUCACUAAAGCUCAAAUGAAGAACAUUCCCUUAAAUGGCAGGAUUGAAACCCCCCGGCCCCCUAUCCACCACAGUGCAUUUUGGGAAGAUGUCUGUAGCAUAUGUUGCUGUGAAAUUAGGCCUUGCGGGUUAUGGCUGUUUGUCAUUUUGAUGUAUUUUAAAUAAAUAUAUAUAUAUAUUU